AGAACUAGAGGAGGUGUUAGUGUUAGUGCAGCUGGUAAUGGCCCAGAGGAGACGGAGAAAGUAAAUUAUCAUUAAUUAACUCUUGGUAAAGUCUUCAGACUAGUUUGACCAGCAGGACGCGGAGCAGCUGCGCCCCGGAGCGGAAGUGAAGCUCUCACUAUGUCUGAUGGAGACUAUGACUACCUGAUAAAGUUCCUGGCCCUCGGGGACUCUGGCGUGGGAAAAACCAGCUUCCUCUACCAAUACACAGACUGCAAGUUCAACUCCAAGUUCAUCACUACAGUUGGGAUCGACUUCAGAGAACGGAGAGUGAUCUACAAGUCCACAGGCCCAGAUGGAUCCUCAGGUAAAGGACAGAAGAUCCACAUGCAGCUGUGGGACACAGCAGGACAGGAGAGGUUUCGGAGUCUGACCACGGCGUUCUUCAGAGACGCCAUGGGCUUCCUGCUGCUGUUUGACCUCACCAACGAACAGAGUUUCCUCAACGUCAGGAACUGGAUGAGUCAGUUACAGAUCCAUGCGUACUGUGAGAGUCCAGACGUGGUGCUGUGUGGGAACAAGUGUGACCUGUCAGACCAGAGAGCCGUCAGUGAAGAGGAGGCCCGCGAGCUGGCCGAGAAGUACGGGAUCCCGUACUUUGAGACGAGCGCUGCUAACGGGCAGAACGUGAACCAGGCGGUGGACGUCCUGCUGGACCUCAUCAUGAAGAGGAUGGAGCGCUGUGUGGACAAGUCCUGGAUCCCCGACGGGACCGUCCGAGUUAACGGGACCGUCAACCCCGACGUGUCCGAGGGCUCCGAACGCAACAAAUGUGCCUGUUAGAGAGACGCAGGAGGAGGAGGAGGAGGAGG